AGAAUAAAGAAAAGAAUUGUGUUCCUCGCUGUUGUCACUCAUCGCCUUUAUACUGGACAUCAGUCACACGUCUCAGGGAGUUCGGGGCCAGAAGAGCGAGCGCGUCGACAUGGACAAGCGAGGGAGCAGACCGACGUGGAGCAGGCAGAUCGAGUUCACCCUGGCGGGCGUCGGCUCUGCCGUGGGUCUGGGCAACAUUUGGAGGUUCCCCUACCUCUGCUUCAGGAGCGGAGGAGGUGCGUUUCUGGUGCCGUACCUUCUUAUGCUGGUUGCGUUGGGGAUCCCUCUGCUCCAUAUGGAGUUGACUGUUGGCCAAUACACCAAAAGGGGGCCUGUCCACGCUCUCGCUCAAUUCUGCCCACUUGUAAAAGGUGUGGGAAUAGCGUCGGUGGCCAUUUCCUUCAUCAUGUGCACGUACUACAACGUGGUCAUUACUUGGGCCCUCUACUACCUGUUCAGCUCCUUCCAAGACCCGCUGCCCUGGGAAAGCUGCAACAACACAUGGAACACGGCGAACUGUACCGACCGCGCCGCAAACGGCAGCUACUCGUCGACGGCCAGCCAGGAGUUCUUCAGAUAUAAGAUGCUGCGGCAAACGGGGGGCAUCGAGGAGGCCGGAGCGAUACGGUGGGAGCUUUUCCUUAUUCUCGUGCUGGCUUGGAUCCUCAUCUACCUUUGCAUCUUCAAGGGCACCCAAUCGACAGGCAAGGUGGUGUACGUCACAGCGCUGCUCCCGUACGUCAUCCUCGUUGCCCUGCUGGUCAACAACGUGCAGCUUCCGGGAGCCGAACGCGGCAUCAGCUUCUUCAUCGUGCCGGAAUGGGACAAGCUGCUUUCGGUGGAGGUUUGGGUGAACGCCGCGGCCCAGAUCUUCAACUCCAUCGGAAUCGGCUUCGGUCCUCUCAUGGCCAUGGCCAGCUAUAGCUCGUUCGACAACGACAUCAUCAAGGACACACUGACGAUAGCCGUUGUCAAUUCCCUCACGAGUAUUCUGUCGGGUUUCGUAAUCUUCUCUGCUUUCGGAUACAUGUCUCACCUCCAGGACAUUCCGGUGGCCCAGUUGGCUGUGGAUGGUCCGGGACUCGUGUAUGUUAUUUACCCGCAAGCCUUCGCCAGUAUGCCGUUGCCUCAGCUGUGGGCCGUGUUGUUCUUCUGCAUGCUGCUUUUUCUCGGAAUUGACAGCGAGUUUGCCCUGGUCGAAGUGAUGGUGACCAGUCUGACGGAUCAAUCCAAUCAGCAUCUGUUGAAAUUGUUCAAGAGGAAAGAGCUGUUAGUUCUCGUCGUUUGUGGAAUCGCGUGUCUUCUCGGAAUUCCAAACGUGACACAGGGGGGGAUUUACGUCUUCCAGCUGAUGGAUCAUUACACGGCCAUCGUGUCCAUCGUCUUCCUUGCCUUCUUUGAGGUCGUGGGCGUUUGCUGGCUUUAUGGUGCGAGUCGGUUAUCGGACAACCUGGAAGAGAUGACGGGAAAAAGGCCCAACGUCAUCUUCCGGCUGUGUUGGCAAAUCGUCGCUCCUUUUCUCAUCACUGUCAUCCUCAUUUCGUCCAUUAUCCAGUUCAAACCGGCUCGCUACGAAGGCUACGUCUUCCCUCCCUGGGCUCAGGGGCUGGGCUGGCUCAUCGCCAUGGCUUCCGUCAUUUGGAUUCCUCUGGGCGCCGUUCACACGUUGUGGGUGCUACCUGGCUCCUUUGUGCAGAAACUAAAGCUGUCCAUCACACCAUACGCCCUGAAUGAGAGGUCCAAAAUGGCCUACUAUGAAAGGGGAGGAAGUGCUCGCCAGCCAGCCGUGGCCGUCAUCAGCGCAGCCAUCCGUCUCCAAGACAAACUACCAAAUCAGGCCAAUUAAAGAAGCGGAUUUGCUUUGUGUCGCUGCAAUGGUCAGGUUAUUUUAUUCAUUUUUUGGGGGGAUCAAAUCGGUGUCAAUUAUUGUCAUGUUGUACACGGUCAUUGUUAAACUGCAUUCUCUGCUAACACAUGCGCUCGAACUGCCGUGGCGCAUUGCAACUGCAGUUAUGAGCGCAAAUACUUGUACUGUACUGUAUUUGUAGUUGAUAGUAUUUUAAAUGACAAAAUCACAACCGAGACCUUCACGAGCCGAAACUUUUAUAUUGUGAUACAUCCCUUACAGAA